GGGGUUGGGUUGGGCGGUGCAUCAUCACGUGUUGUUUAUCACGUGGAUUGAUGUUGGUGCCUGGGGCAUAUGUACAUAUAUGGGGUGCCUGGGGCAUACAUAAGGGAAAGUAUGCAAACAUGGCAAACAUGACAAACAUAUAAAACAGGACAAAUGGCGGAGGGUGGGAUGAGGAAUUAUGACUCCGACGGCCUUGGCGGAGAUUUUGCAGCAUUAUUCGGAUUUGCUUGUGUCUGGCUCUUUGUCUCUGUCUAGACUGCGCGCGGUUGUUCCUGUAAUUGGCUGCUGCUGCUACUACUGAUUCGACCUUUUGGAUUCAACUUGCUGCUGAAUCGAUCGCCUGUCAACUCUCAACUUGAUUGAAGUGGGGUGGUUGAUCUCCCCUCAAAGUACGCAGAUGGCUCCGAAAGGGAAAGGCUCGUCGAAGCCGCGGGGGAAUGCGACGGAGGAGGUAGAGGAGACGUUACAGGCUGUUGUCCUCGCUGAUACCUUUGAGACGCGAUUCGAGCCGUUUACGCUUGAUCAGCCGAGGUGUCUACUGCCGCUUGCGAAUACGCCCUUGCUCGAAUAUACGUUUGAAUUCUUGGCCAAUGCUGGUGUUGAGGAGGUCUUUUUGUAUGGCGGGGCGCAUUCGGAUAAGUUGGAGAAAUAUAUCAAUGCGUCGAAAUGGAGAGCGUCGUCUUCGCCAUUCACAAAGUUGACUUUCCUGAAAUCGACAUCCACCUCCGUCGGAGAUGUCAUGCGUGACCUGGACGGAAAACACCUCAUCACGGGCGACUUUAUCGUCGUCAGCGGAGACGUGAUCAGCAACCUGCCCAUCGAGGGCGCGCUGACAGCGCACCGCACCCGUCGCGCGGCCGACAAGAACGCUAUCAUGACGAUGAUCCUGCGCGAAGCCGGCCGCAAUCACCGCACGAAGUCGUCGUCGGAGAUGCCCAUCUUCGUGAUCGAUCCCACCAAGGACCGCUGUCUGCACUACGAGGAGAUCGACCGGCACUCGCCCGAGUCGAAGCGGCUGAACAUCGACACCGAGAUCAUCGAGACGCACCAGGAGCUCGACAUCCGCCAGGACCUGAUCGACUGCAGCAUCGACAUCUGCACCCCGGACGUGCUGAGCCUGUGGUCCGACAGCUUCGACUACCAGACGCCGCGCAAGCAGUUCCUGUACGGCGUGCUGAAGGACUACGAGCUGAACGGCAAGACCAUCCACACGCACAUCGUGGAGGACCACUACGCGGCCCGCGUGCGGAACCUCAAGGCCUACGACGCCGUCAGCAGGGACAUCAUCGCCCGCUGGGCGUACCCGCUCUGCCCGGAUACCAACCUGCUCCCGGGCCACAGCUACGAUCUCCGCGCCGGCAACCUGUACCAGGAGCAGGGGGUGAUGCUGGCGCGGUCGUGCGUCGUCGGCCGGCGCACAGUGAUCGGUCAGGGCACGAGCAUCGGGGACAAGACGACUGUCAAGAACACCGUGCUGGGCCGGAACUGCAAGAUCGGCAAGAAUGUCACUCUCGAUGGGGCUUACAUCUGGGACGGUGCUGUCAUUGGCGACGGCUCGACGAUCCACCGGGCUGUUAUCGCGGACGGCGUGGUGGUCGGCAACGACUGCACGGUCGAGUCGGGCGCCCUGCUCUCGUACGGGGUCAAGAUCGGCGACGGAAUUACUGUGGCUGAGGGGAGACGGCUCACGAACGCUGCGAGCGAGGAUGGCCACGUUCCGGCCAGUGAGCCGGCGGUCGUGGGUAAGGGCGGCAUGGGCUACGAAUACGUUCCCGAAGAGGACGAGGACGAUGAGGAUGAUGAGAGCACCGUUUCAUCUGGACUAGUCUACAACAUGGCGAACCUAUCCCUCUCCACAGAAUCCAUCUCAACCCUCUCCUCGGAAGUCUCCGGCUACGGCGGCUCCCAAGCCGGCAGCUACGACAGCUCACUCUCAGACGACGAAGAAGGCGACCACUUCAUGCACGACGCAGCCGCAAGCGUCUACGACAGUCUGCGCGAAGGCGUAACACCCGACGUCGUAAACCUGGAGCUCGUCAGUCUGCGCAUGACCGCCAACGCCUCCGACAACCAAGUGCGACGGGCGGUGAUCUCCGCCUUCAUGAAACGCAUCCAGCAACUGAUGGAAGAAGACAACCAGCACGCCGGGGACGCCGUGCGGUCGAUCUUCGGGCCGUACCGGGAGAUCGUGGAGCGGACGCUGUUCGACCGGGCGACGGGGGCGAAACCCGACCAGGUGGAUCUGCUGGUGUUGCUGCAGCAGGAUCUGGCGCAGCGGCCGAAGGGGGAUACGGUGUUGCUGUUUGCGGCGAAGGAGCUGUAUGAGUUGGAGAUGGUUGAGGAGGAGGCGUUUGAGCAGUGGUGGGUGGAUGAGCGGUCGAGUGCGAGUGAGGAGAUGAAGAAGGUGAGGAGUCAGACGCAGCAGUUUGUGGAGUGGUUGGCGAAUGCGGAGGAGGAGGAUAGUGAGGAGGAGAGUGGGAGUGAGGAGGAGAGUGAUGAUGAUGAGUAGAAGGAAGUAAAACAAUGUCUGUAUGCCCAAUAGAAUCUAUCAUCUAUAUCGAUGGAGUUGU